CAGGUACUGUCCUUUGUGAUCCCCACAGAGCUUCAAAGAAUGACACAGAAGGUGCUUCACAGGCUCUUCCACACACGCCCUGCAAGCAGCAGUUUAUGGUGAAUACACGUGGGAAGUGUUCAGCUACUGCUGGGAGCUGGAGAUUCCCAUCCCUCUCCUGCUGCUGCCCUUCCUGCUGCUGCCUGCGAACAUGGGCUGCUUCGUGCUCUGCUCUCGGGCCGAUCCUGGUAUAAUAACAAAAUCAAAUCACGCGUCAUUGAUCAAGAUUUAUGCAUAUGAUGCUGUCUUGUUUCGGAAAGGUAUCGUGUGCCCUACAUGCAACAUGGAGAAACCAGCCAGAUCCAAACAUUGUGGUUUAUGCAAUAUCUGUGUGCAUCGUUUUGAUCACCACUGUGUGUGGGUCAACAACUGCAUAGGUGCCUUCAACACCAAGUAUUUCUUCCUCUACCUGUUCACACUGACUGGGAUGGCCGCAAGCAUCGCACUCAUCACAGGAGCAUUUCUCCUCCAAGUGGUGCGGCUGUCAAAUAUGAUGCAUGGAAGUUACAUUGAUGAGCAAGGACAAGAGCAGGCUGUUGACAUCCUCUUUCUCGUUCAGCACCUUUUCUUGACUUUUCCUCGGAUUGUCUUCAUGCUGGGGUUUGUUGUUAUUCUUACUCUCGUGCUGGGAGCAUACUGCUGUUUCAAUCUAUACUUGGCCUUAACCAACCAAACAUCCAACGAGUGGUAUAAAUCGAGAAGAGUUGGGUGUUCUCCCCAUGUGACAGCGCAGCCUCAGGACAGGCGAGUUGUCUACAAAAAUAUUUAUUCUAACGGAAUCUGGAUGAAUUUAAAGGAAAUCUUUAAGCCUCUUACAGUAUUGGGAAAAAAGAAGAGAACAUGA